AUGGACGAUCUAUCAGUAGAAGCCAUUCACACCAACGUCGAGCUCAACGACAGGAAAAACGAAGAGUUCAUUCCCGGAACAUGUAAUAUCUACUCCAACACAUUUGACGGAAAUGAGACCGACCCCACGUCAGGCCAGCCUCUCAAAAGGAAGGGCAAUCUUAUCUUGAUUCCGCAACCCAGCGACUCGUGCAACGACCCUUUGAAUUGGUCGUUGGCCCGUAAGGCGUUGAACAUCUUUAUUCUCACCUUCAUCACCGGAUUCACUGCUGCCACCUCCAACGAUGCAGGGGCCACUCAGGAUUCGCUCAACGAGAUCUACGGGAUCGAGUACUCGUCCAUGAACACUGGUGCAGGUGUGCUUUUUGCCAGCAUCGCCAUCUCCACCUUUAUCCUCACUCCGCUGGCCUCUAUUUACGGCAGAAAACUCUCCUACUUUAUCUGUAUCACCAUGGGCAUGAUCGGUGCCAUCUGGUUUUCCAGAGCCAAAACCACCACCGACACCAUCUGGUCGCAACUAUUUGUGGGGGUAUCGGAAAGUUGUGCUGAGGCCCAUGUCCAGCUCAGUUUGACCGACUUGAGUUUUUUCCACUCUUUGGGUUCGGUUUUGACCCUCUAUAUCUUAGCCACCUCCAUCGGGACGUUUUUGGGUCCCCUCAUCGCUGGGUUCAUCGUCCAGUACACCAACUUCAGAUGGGUGGGCUACGUGGCUGCCAUCAUUUCGUUCGUGUUGCUUUUGGUGAUCGUUUUCGUCAUGGACGAAACCUAUUUCGAUAGGAGCAAGUUCAAGAACAGCGUGAUCCAGUCGUAUUCCAGUGCUGAAUCGGUGACCCACAAUGACGAGAAGCCUAAGAACGGCCAGAAAAUACAAUCUGUCGACUUCGACGACUCGGCUGACUUGCAGAGCCGGACUCAAGACUUGUCUGCUUAUGUUACCGAAGGAGCUCACGAGCCACGCAAACCAUACUGGCAAAGAAAACAGCUCAUCACCUUGGCUUCCAACGUGAAAGGGACUGGUUUCAAGCAAUAUUGCACCCAGCUUCGUAUGUUAUUCAAGGUAUUCAUGUAUCCUCCAGUAAUUUUCGGAGGGUUGGUGUGGGGGAUCCAAGAUGCCUUAUUGACGUUUUAUCUCACGGUUGAAGAUGAUAACUACUACGACGCCCCUUACAACUAUAGCAACACUGGUGUUGCGCUCAUGAAUGUGCCCACGUUAAUCGGAGCAGUCAUCGGUUGUUUCUACGCAGGUACUUUGAGUGAUUACUUUACCAUCUGGAUGGCAAAGCGUAACAAAGGUAUCCAAGAAGCCGAAUCCAGAUUGUGGUUUCUUAUUCUUCCUGGUGUUUUUGCACCAAUUGGUUUGGUGUGCUUUGGAUUGGGUACUGACCGUGACUGGCAUUGGGGAGCAACCUACUUUGCUCUUGGCUUAGUGGGUUUUGGCUUUGGUUGUUCCGGUGAUGUCAGUAUGUCGUACUUGAUGGAUGCAUACCCAGAUAUGGUUAUCGAAAUGAUGUGUGGAGUUGCUGUGAUAAAUAACACGAUUGGAUGCAUCUUCACCUUUGCGUGCUCACCAUGGCUUGAUGCCAUGGGGAUCACCAACUCCUUAAUCAUCCUUGCCGUCAUCGAAGCCAUCAUCAUGUUGUCGUGUAUUGUGUUUAUCUACUACGGUAAGAGAAUCAGAAUAUGGACUAAGCCAUGGUACUUGGAAUUUUGCGAGUCUCGUGACAAGAUUUAG